CGGCCCCGCCUUCCCUCGCCUCUCGGGGGCUCUCCUUCCGGGCGGGGCUUCUGGGCAGCGCCUCUCCUCCUCCUCCUCCUCCCCCUCCUCCUCCUGACGCGUGUUUUCGUCUUGUCUGGAGCGGGAGCGGCGGGGGGCUUCCUCUCCUUUCCUCCCCCCCUCCUCCUGCGGGAUCCUGGGGGUCCCCAUGCCCGCCCCUCCCCCUCCUCCCUCCCCCGCCGGACAUGGGCCUUUGCGUCACCAAAGACUUCUUCACCAUCGCCCAUAAGGAGCAGCCCCCGGACCCCCCUUCCUCGGCCCCUCAGGAAGAAAGCCCCCACAAGAAGCGCCUCCAGGCCUUGGAGGGCGGCAGCAGCGGUACUCUCUCCGGCCCCAACCUCGCCUCCUCCACCUCCUCCUCCUCGGGCCACGGCUAUAAUGUGACGGCUCUGGCGACUUCUUCCCUGGUGGGCCUCGUCCAGACCAUCAAGGACCACAUCACCAAGCCCACCGCCAUGGCCCAGGGCCGCGUGGCCCACCUCAUCGAGUGGAAGGGGUGGAGUGCCCCCCGGGUGGAAAGGGAAGCCCCCCUGACAGACGAGGAGCUCUACGCAGACCUGAGCGAUGAGCUCAAGGAGGCCCGCUUCGCUGCUGGGGUGGCUGAGCAGUUUGCCAUCACGGAAGCCACGCUGAGCGCCUGGUCCUCGAUGGAUGAAGAGGAGCUGCAUUACUGGGGGGCCUCCCAAGACGCCCUCCGGCUCCCAGACCUGGAGAACGUCUACCUGCAGGAGCACCUCCUCCUCGGACCACAGGCCCUGGGCAGCCCCCGCCUUGCCGGAAACCUCCGGGCCUUUCCGCCCUCCCGGCGGGAAUCCCUCGGCCCCAACGGACCCUUGGUGCCCAACCCCUGGAGGGACUUUGUGGGCCCCUGCCGGGUGCCUGGACUGGAGCAGGGGGGCUUUGACAGCGCCCCCGGGCCCCUCUGGCUCCAGCACAGCACGCCCUCCCUCCGCUACGUGGACAGCAGCUCCCUCUCGGAGGACGAUGUCUUCUAUAACUAGGGGAGGGGGCUCCAGGCCAGGCGGAAGGGAUGCGGAAGAGACCGUCCUGCCAUCAUUAGGGGCCAUGGUAGCACAGCGGUUAAAUCCACUAGCUACAGAAAAUCUGCUCACUGGAGGGUUAGCAGUUCGAAGCCGCGAGUUGGGGUGAGCUCCCAGCUGUCAGCCCUAGCUUCUGCCUACCUAGCAGUUCAAAAGCAUGUAAUGCGAGUAGAUCAAUAGAUACUGCCUCGGCGGGGAGGUAGAUAUGCCUGCAACAAUCAGAGAAAGUCUAUGGACCCCAGGCUUCUCAAAUGGAACAAGAACACCUCCCCAUGGCCAGUUUAUUAUUAUUAUUAUUAUUAUUAUUAUUAUUAUUAUUAUUAUUAUUAUUUAUUAAGAGAGAAGCCUCCAUCCCUCAUCCCAAACAAGGUUGCCCACUCUCCCCUAUCCUGUUUGCAUUGGCAAUAGAAGCUUUAGCAAAUUUUAUUAGGAAUAAUGACCAAACUAAAGGCUAUAAAAUUGGGAGGGAAAUAAUCAAAAUUAAUUUAUUUGCAGAUGAUGCCAUGGUUCUAAUGGGAUCACCAGAGGACUCUAUAAAAUAAGUUAUUACGGUAAUACCAUAAAGAAACCUGAGAAUCUAUUAGGGUUGGCCAUUAACAUUCAAAGAUUAGAAAUUUUACAUAAAAUCUGACUUUGAAAGAGUUAAAAGAAAUACAGAUCAUAUCCAGGAUAAAAUUAGGUGAGAAGAAGUUAAAAUAUUUAGGUGUUUUAUAUUCCAAAAAAUUUGAACAAUAUACUUCAACCAAAUUAUAACCACUUAUGGAAAAAAGUAAAUAAUCAAAUUUGAAGUUGGAAUAAUUGGAACUGGGAUAUGUCAAACAAAAUGAGGAUAGUCAAAAUGAUGGUUCUCCCCAAAUUUUUAUUCCUGUUCCAAGACCUUCCAUAUAGUAUCCCCAGCAAAAUAAUUAAGAAAUGAGACAAUUCAAUAAAAACUUGGAUAGCAGGAGGAAAUAAAAAUAGAAUUGCCAAUUUGGGACCAGUCUUUCUUAAGAGAAGGGGUUAUCGGCCGUAAAGCAGGGCUGCAACUCCCAGCAUUCCCUGUCCUAGCUAUUUAUUUAUUUAUUUAUUUAUAGUAUUUUGAUUUUGCCCUUCUUACUCCCGAUCACAGAGCACAUAUUCAAAGAUUCAAUGUUGUUAUACACAGACAGGACAGACAACAGUACCAAUAGCGGUAUAUAGGCAUCUCCCAUCUUCAGCGUCCUGGAGGUUGUUCUCGAUUCCGGCCACAAGGGGGUGCUGUCGCUCCGUUCUCCGUUCACAGACUUCCUCCUUCUUUUUUGAUUGCCAGCAUUAUUUAUGUAUUUAUUUAUUUAUAGUAUUUAUAUUCCGCCCUCCCUUCUCACCCCGAAGGCAACUCAGGGCGGAUCACAAUGCACAGAUACAUGGCAAACAUUCAAUGCCAUUAGACAUAUGACCUAUAUAGACAGACACAGAGGCAAUUUAACGUUCCAGCUUCUGGCUUGAUUCCGGCCACAGGGAGAGCUACCGCUUCACCGUCUACUUGUGACACCGAGUCCUUGAUGGAAUACUUCCUCAUUCCUCAUUCUUCCACAAGCACUGGAGAUUUUAUGGCGUCAUAAAUUAGUUAAAUUAGCCUCCCCGCAUAAGCGGUACCUAAAUUCCUACUUGACAGAUGCAACUGUCUUUCGGCUGCACAGGUGAACUAUUAAUGGUCAGGAGCUUUCCCUUACCCGGGUUGGCUUCGAACUCACGUAGUGAUUUCUUGCAGAUGGUUACUAACCAGCUGCCCCACAGUCCGCAACAUUUUCUUUAUGGUACCAUUAAAAUAUCUCUCCACUUAAGUGGUACCUAUUUAUCUACUCACAGCUAGGUGGGCAGUGAGCUGGGCUGAAGAUCAAGUGCUCACCCCGACCCGGGCUUCGAACUGCCCACCUUUCGAUUAUGGCAGCUGGUGGUUAACCUGCUGUGCGAAAUCCCGCCCCUCUUUACAUCCCAUGGUUCUUUUGGAGUACUUCUCAGAAUACUCCAACCUAUUGUGGGGAUUCUGGGCAUUGUAGUCCCCAAAGUACAGUUCCCAAGUUCUAGAGAGCCUGGCUGGCAGUGGUCAAGGGUGGAUUCCUCCAUCAUAACCGCUCAGUAUUGUCUGCAAGUGACGGAGGAGGGGGAUGGGAUAUUCUUCUCCCCAUCUGUAUCUGAAAAGUUGUCUCUUUUUCGUGCCUCGUUCGUGUGUACAUUUGUAAAUAAAAGGUAAAUAUUGUCUGA